UGUCAAGGCGGGGGCCCGCCUCGCCUGGGCGUGGGGGGGGGGAGGGUUGGUGGGGGGGGGGAGGUGUUAAGUGCGCGUGCGCACUGCGGGCCCCGGGGUUGCAGCAGCCAGAGCGGCGGCAGCAGGCGGCGGUUGAGCUCGCGGACGGGGGGGGUCGUGCGGACACCUGAUCAGCAUGGCGGAUGACCUGGACUUCGAGACCGGCGACGCGGGCGCCUCCGCCACCUUCCCCAUGCAGUGCUCGGCGCUGCGCAAGAACGGCUUCGUGGUGCUCAAGGGCCGCCCCUGCAAGAUCGUGGAGAUGUCCACCUCCAAGACGGGCAAGCACGGCCACGCCAAGGUACACCUGGUCGGCAUCGACAUCUUCACCGGGAAGAAGUACGAAGAUAUCUGUCCCUCCACCCACAACAUGGACGUGCCCAACAUCAAGAGGAACGACUUCCAGCUGAUCGGCAUCCAGGACGGGUACCUGUCCCUACUGCAAGACAGCGGGGAGGUGCGGGAGGACCUGCGCCUGCCCGAGGGCGAGCUGGGCAAGGAGAUCGAACAGAAAUACGACUGCGGGGAGGAGAUCCUGAUCACCGUGCUGUCCGCAAUGACCGAGGAAGCUGCUGUCGCCAUCAAGGCCAUGGCGAAGUAAAGGAGACGCAGGCCGGCGGACGCGGCGAGGCCGGCGGGGCCCCCGGGAACACUACAGCCGCGGCCCGGGGCGGGGGCCGGGGCGGGGGGGCCGCCCCCGCCGGCCCCACGGCCGCCCCACGGCCGCCCCCGCCAGCCCCACGGCCGCCUCCCCCCCCACCCCCUCCCCUCGGCGCCGGGGCGGGCCCCCACCCUGCCCCGCCCCCGCGCGGGGGCGGAGCCAGCCCCCGUAACCCCUCCCCCCGGCCGGGCCGUGGCCCCGCCCCCUCUCCCCCUCCCCCCCCCGCGGCCGGCGGGGGCGGGCGGGCCCCGGGGCCCCGCCCCCCCCCCAAAACCAUUUGUUAAUCAGCCUCAAUAAAAAAAAAAACGAGUUUAAUAUGA